AUGCUUAUUCGAUCAACAGGUGUACUCUUGACGUCUUCUGUCGCUCAGAGAGCUUUGCGUGGCACUAUUCUUCUGCGUAGCUUACAUGCCGAUGCUGUUACCCAAAGAGACGCAUACCUUGAGCGCUUGACAGGUGAAAAUGACGGAAUCGCCGUACUCAAACUCCAUCGUCCCGCAGCGCGCAAUGCCCUCUCGGUUAAAUUGCUUGGUGAAUUCCGUGAUGCUUUGGCCAAAGUGCGCUUCAGCAGGUUGCCUCGAGUUUUGAUUAUCCAGAGUCUGGUAGACCGUGUGUUUUGCGCAGGUGCUGAUCUUAAAGAACGCGCUACGAUGAGCCCUUCUCAAGUGACUCAAUUUUUGUACAAUUUAAGACAAGCUUACCGUGAGCUUGAGACUUUACCGAUCCCUACUAUCGCAGCAAUUGACGGCGCUGCACUGGGUGGUGGAUUGGAAAUGGCUUUAUCUUGUGAUAUGCGUGUGGCAGGUCCUGGUGCAAAGAUCGGUCUUCCUGAAACUAAACUGGCAAUUAUCCCAGGAGCUGGAGGCACUCAACGAUUGCCGCGUUUAAUUGGACCUUCAAAAGCCAAGGAAUUGAUUUACACUGCAUCAGUUUUGAGUAACAAGCAAGCAUACGAGUAUGGUGUUGUCAACUAUGUCGCUGAGGAAAGUGCAAUGGAUAAGGCUUUACAGGUCGCACAAACCAUUUUGCCUCAGGCGCCGUUGGCUAUCAAGAUGGCCAAGCUUGCUGUGGAUCAGGGUGCACAGGUUGACAUUGACACCGGUCUCGAGUUGGAGCAGGCCUAUUAUGCACAGCUGAUCCCUACCGAGGAUAGAUUAGAAGGUCUACGUGCUUUCAAGGAAAAGCGAAAGCCUGUUUACAAGGGCCGUUAA